GAGGUACAUUGGAAAUCCCAAUCGCUAUACAUGAACUAGGACAUGUGAUCACAUAUUUAAGGCGUAAUACUUCAUAUAAAGACGGCACAGCCCUAAAGAGGACACAAUCAACAUCCAACUUGAAAACAGCAUACCCUUGAUAUAAAGUGGGGAAGUGUUAUUCAAUCCAAUUAGUAAUGGCAAGAGUACAUACGUUGUGCGGUAAAAUGGAGACAUUUUACCUAAACAUUUUGCUAGUGAUUUGUUUGCAGACACUGUGUUUAGCUGUGCCUUUAAGAGAUGCCAACUUGUUUUAUCGUUCUACUGCUGCAAAUGGAACAACUAUCAUCUGCUUGUCCUGCCCGCCAGGAACAUAUCUUGUGAGAAACUGUACUUUUCCACAAACAACGGGACAGUGCCAGAUAUGUCCAAUUGGUUAUUUCCAACCGAACUACACAAACUCUCCUAAAUGCCUUGCCUGUGUAACCAAAUGUCUACAUGUGGAUGUGAGAAAUAGGUCUGAGCCAUCCCAAGCCGUUUGCGAACCGACUGAAAAUUUUUGUUCGUGCAAAAACAGUACUUACAUACUAGAUAGCGAAUGUCCACCUGGGAAGGAGCCAGCUAUUCAAGUAACAAGCUUUCAACACACGAUUUGUAAAGAAUGUCCAGAGGAGACCUAUUCUGAUGUAUACUCAAGUACAGAGAUGUGCAAACCCUCGACCAAAUGUGGAUUACACGAAGUCGCCAUCCUUGACGGGGACAAAACUCGGGAUAGAGAGUGCAUGCUUCGCAGUGGAGACUUCAACGACACCUGGGAUAUGACUACAAUUACUGCAAUAAUGAACACGACAAACGACUUCACGCCACAAAGCGAAUCUCAUCGUAAUUCAAAGACAACUGUAGCAUUAUUGGCAACAUUAAUUCCGCUAGCUUUUAUUAUUUUCUCUAUAGGUGCAUACAUUUACGUACGUUUUUCCAAAGGUAAAUGCAAACGUCUACAGGAAACCCAACAUUAUAACACUGUGCCUAUCCAAGAGCGGCAUGUGUCUAGUAGUUCAGAUAUUCUAGAGAUUGAUGAACACGCCAGUAAAUGUAGUUACAGUAAACAGAGAAAUGAUACUCAAACUGUGUCCAGGAGCAAGUCCGACGAGUGUAUUGAACCAUUAAAUGACGCCGUUCAAGUGCUUACCAAUAUACACAACAACGAAGGUCCAUCACCACAAGCAGAAACACUUAUUAAACAAACUGACGAUAAUAAAGCCCUUGAUGCCCAGUAUAAAAUGUCAAAGGUGUUGCCAAAACCCCUAGAUGAUCCCUGUCCAAAAACCUUUGAUGUCUCGAGAGAAAAGGCAAAUAAGUUACCAAAAACUCUUCAUGUGCUGUCUGAAACGACAAUGACCUUGCCAAAAUAUUUGGAUAUCUCGUAUGAACAGGCAAAGGUAUUACCUUGUUUACACUCACCGAAACGAAAGACAAUUUUAUCGACAGACUGGCAGCGGUGUGAACAGGUCACCAACCAAGGAUGUAUUUUACAGCUUCCAAAUUCAGAUGUUAUCACCACGUUUCCUCCUGGGUUUCUGUCGGAUGGAGGCUCCAGUCAUUGUUACAAAACCGUCCACAAUGAUAUUCCACGUAUUGCUGCUGCGUUACAUCUGCAAGAUGACACCGUUAUAACAAGCCCAGUGCCAGAAUAUUAUAUGCAGGAAGCUUUUGCCGAAUUUGUCCAAAUACUGAUUCCUCAUCGAAUGCCAAAAAACUAUGAGCAAAUCAAAGUACACAGCUUUUCAAAGCACACUGUCAGUGAAACUGUGGAUUUAGUUGAGGUGAAAUGUGUUGCCGACAAAAACAAAGUUGAUGAUGACAUUGAUAUGUUUUAUGUCGUCAAUUUUGAAUCCGUUGUUAUUCACACUAAGCGUUUCUCGGGUUUCGUGUGCACAACAUGUCAGAGAUACAUUGAAUAUAAUCUCAGUGCUAGCAUUUACGGACGACAAGGAAAGAUGGACGGCCGAACCGACACACUGGAUGUACUGCUGUACCUGAAGGGCGCAAAAGCGUCUAUUACUGACUUCAGGGUUGCCACGGAGAACAAAAUUGAUAAAAGGUUCCAUCACCUAGAAACCCAACCGGUGAAACUUCUGGAGGAACAAGAACAAAGCGAAGGAGGACAACUACAGUUUCGUUUCUGUUUGAUUAGCGAAUCUAUCAGAAAUUGGAUUCACCGAAAAGCUAACGAUGGUGUUCAAUUACAGGACGACCUGGUACUGGCUGACCCAGAGAAAGUCAUGCGGGAAUGUGAAACACACAUUAUCUGCAGACCAAACACAAAAUGGUUCCUUCAACGGGACGAUGAAACACACAAAAACUGUGACUUUUAUGUCGAAAUCGUUCACAAGGAGAAACCAGCAUCUGCAAUGGAUACCUUGCGUUAUGUGAAAACAUAUAUUCCAGCCAGUGAAGAUUUCGAGGUUUCUGGUGCCCUCGCUGCUGCUUCGGAACAAAACAACACAUGGAUAGCGUUUAUCCCCCAAAACCGAAACCUUGCUACACAGGAAGGUAGAGUCCACAUAUUGCCCAGCCAUCAUCAGUAGCUGAGCCGAGGUCUAGUGACAAAUGAUGAGCUCGUAUUAUGAUACAUAUAGCGGUUAAUAUAUCAACUGUUGAUCAUGUUUUAGAAUGUUAAGGUAUUACAUCUUGAGGAUAAAUAUAUGUUACUUCAAGCUUGAUCAAAUCAUAAACAAUUGUGUUUUUUAUAAAAAAAAAUAAAGGAAUUAAAAAAAAUGACAUAAUUUCCUUCAUCAAAACCUUCGUUCCUAUAUACUUAUCAGCAUCAUCAUCGACAUCAUUUGAUUUAAAAAUAAAUCAACAAAACUUAAGCCAGAACUUCAUUUAUUUCAAGAAAUCAAUAAUGUAUUUCACUGUACAGUUCCAAAUUGCAGUUUUAAAUUAUCAAUAAUUUCAAAUACAUGUUAAAUGAAACUUCUGUAAGGGUAAUACAUAAAUAUACAUUUAAAUUAUAUUCUACAACUGGAUGUGGAGACACACAUCCGAAUAUUAACAAUACAUUGCGUAUACAGUAGAGGGACUAGAUAUUUAAGUGGAGAAAACAUUUGGAACAUAUAUACUAGUGUUGACUGCAUAACAAACAAACA